CAAACCGUUUCCAUAGCAACGUGAACUGAAGUUCCAAACAGCAGCAACGGUCCGUGCAGAUUCUUACUUUCCUGCCAAAAUGUAUUCAGAAACAUCCCCAGUACUCAUGAAUAGCGACCUUCAACCAACAAAAUCUGGUGUGAAGACGGGGUACAACGCAAUAAAUAGCCACAUCUCCCAGAUUCCAGGACUGUCCCCAACCAUCAGCACUCUUACCGAGGAGAAAACCCGAGGGCGAAGAGCCGGCGUCCUGGAGAGUGACUCUGACUAUGUCAAGCUUGCAAAACAAGGAGGGCAUAAGGGACUUUUGUGGCAUGAGGAAACAAUUGCCUCUAAACCCAAUUCUUACAAACCUCCAGACUGGUUCUACACUGCAUCAGGGGACAACAGCAAACCAAGCAGCCCCAUUAACAGUGAAGAGAAAAAAAACCCUAGAGUUUUUCAAACACUAGAACCCCCCUUUGGGACUGACAAUAUGUCAUCCUGGGAGAGAGAGGACAGCAGCAGCAACAGCAAAAAGAAGAACAACAACAUUGAUUGCAGCCAGAUGGAGAAAUUGCAGUCGCCCGACCAGUAUCAUGCGACCAGCAAAUUCAAGAGGAUAAUAUUUGACAAGAAACCAGCUCCUGUCGACAUGUCUAAGCUGUUGAGCUUUGGUUAUGCAGAAGACAACAAACCAAUAGCCAACACUGAUGUGUCAAAUUAGAAGACUGCCAGUGCGUGGAAAAUUCAGAUGCUUCCAACAAGAAUAUUUGCCAUCCUCUCCUCUGACAACAAUAAUUUCUUUACCCCUUCAUGCUGAGCCACAUCAAAUAUUUUACAUAGUUUCAAUUGUGUUGUCAUAUCAGAUGGAUUACUCAAGUGUGAAAGUGCUUCACUGAAUUAAAGCUAGGACCUUGUAUUUAUUGUGCCUGUUAGUGGUGCCUCAUUAACUGCAUUCCUUAAGUUAGGAAGGCACCAGUUAACCCUGUGUUAAUUUUUUUUUGCUGUGUCCUGUAACUCUGUAAAAGGCAGCUUUCAGGAAUAAAAAUAAAAUGAAAAUGAU